CUUUUUUCAUUCUUUUUUACCCCCAAGAAUUUCUCUAAUUUGUUGAAACUUUAAGUAUAAGUUACCACUGUUAUGUAUAUUUUCUUUUUUCUGGAUCCCUUUCUUCCUUGGCUGAUAUUUAUGGUUAAUUGUUCCUUUAUUGUUGCCAAAAUAUUCAAUGUAUUGCACUAUAUGUUUGUUUUAUCCGAUAAAACAUGUUCUCCACAGGUGAUUGUUGUCUUGUUCAUUCAAAUCAGUGAACUGAUCCUCUCAUCGAGUUGCCUCACUCCUUGGAAGAAUGCCUCUUGGCGUUCGCAACUUGCCGUUCUUGAAAUCGUGAAGCGACAUGAUGACAUUUUGGAUAAUGACUCCUCUUCAGUUCUCAGUGACCGCCGUGGCGAUGAGCCCUUCAUUCAAGGCAACCGGUCAAAGUGAAAGGAAAAUCUAUUGCCCUCAAUGAGGGACUAUGAAGAAGCAGCUUUUGAGAAUGGUAGUUUUAAGAAUAGUGGUUGGAGAAUUAUGGGUCCAAAUAUGGCACAUACACAUGUGAGUUGGUAGAUGGAUCCUUCUAGGUUAAGAUAACUUCCUAUAAAACCCUAGUUGCCAUCAAAAUUUUGCAUCUUACCCUUUAUUUGUAAGACAAGUUUAAAUCUUUCUUGUUUUGGUUCCCUCCAUUGUUGUGCAAGUUCACAAACUAAGAAAAUGGGACCAGGUGGACCGGGAGGGCCUCCGGGAUGGGGUGGCCCUCUGCCCCCGGGACCGGGAUUUUUCGGCGGUUUUUGUGACAUCAUUGG